GGGAAGAAAGAGAAACACAUCGGCGCAAGGCGCAACCUCGUCUCCGCCCCACUCGCCGAAAAUAUAAAUUCCCCAAUCCAAAAUAUUACCCAUCCCCCCCCUUUUUUUUUCUCUCUCCUCCCUUUUCGUCUCGCCGCCGCCGCCGCCGCCGCCGCCGCCGCAGUAGAGUCUGCAGCAGCCGCAGCCGCCGCCGACGCGGCGGCUCUCUCUGCUCGCCAUCCGCGUCCGGCGUACCGGCUGCCGACGCAGAUCCGAAGUCAGGCUCUGUACGGUUCUACGAUUAUUUGAUGGAGCAUGAUAUGACAGUUGAAGAUUUUAUUAGAACUAAUGGGUUAGGGGCAAGUGGAUUGAUAGAGACCAAUAAUCAAGGUGUAUCCACUUCUUCUGUGUCUGAUUGUCGGUCCUGCGAGCAUGUCGAGAAUGGGAGCCCUUCCACGGCCCCUCCCUUUUGGGACUCUGAUGGUGAAGAUGACGAUCCUGUUACCUCAGGGCCUAGACCUUCAGAUUUAUUUGGGCGAUAUACUUGGAGAAUUGAAAACUUUUCAAAGGAGAAAAAAAGAGAAAUGAAAAGCGAACCAUUUGAAGCUGGUGGUUACAAAUGGUACAUUCUAGUUUACCCUCAAGGAUGUGAUGUCUCCAAUCACUUGUCAUUAUUUCUAUGUGUUGCUAAUCAUGACAAACUUCUCCCAGGAUGGAGCCAUUUCGCACAGUUUACUAUAGCUGUGGGUAAUCUUGAUCCAAAGAAAGUUAAAUAUUCAGACACCCUGCACAAAUUCUGGAAGAAAGAACAUGACUGGGGAUGGAAAAAAUUUAUGGAGUUGUCAAAAAUCCAAGAUGGUUUCCUUGUUGAUGAUGUUCUUGAAAUCAUUGCUCAAGUUCAAGUUAUCAGGGAGAAAGUGGAUCGCCCAUUUCGUUGCCUCGAUCGCCCUUAUCGACGAGAAUUACUCCGUGUCUAUAUGACCAAUAUAGAGCAAAUUUACCGACGCUUUGUUGAAGAGCGCAGAAGUAAACUUUGCAAGCUCAUUGAGGACAAAAUGAGAUGGUCCAGUUUCCGUGCCUUCUGGCUUGCAAUUGACCAAAGCACAAGGCAUCGCAUGUCGACAGAGAAGAGUGAUGUCAUACUGAAAAUAAUAGUGAAACAUUUCUUUGUGGAGAAAGAAGUAACUUCAACGUUAGUUAUGGACUCUCUGUAUACGGGGUUGAAGGCGCUCGAGUGCCAGAGCAAGAGCAAGAGCAAGAAAGGCAUAAUAGACUCAGUGGAUUUUGUAGAGCUGCCAGUGCCUAUGGUCCAUGUUGAUGUGGACAUGUUUGUUUUGGCUGGUGAUGUCAUAGCUUUGCUUGAGAGGGCAGCUUUAGAACCCUUGCCUUGUCAGCCUGUGUCUCCAAAGGAUGACAAAUGUUCCCAGAGCCGCACUAAGGAUGGCAGUUCUGGAGAAGUUAACAAAGUUUCGAUUGAACGUGAAGAAAGGCGCCUAACUGAACUUGGUCAGAAGAUAAUUGAAACAUUUGCACUAUCCCAUAUAUUCAGUGGGAUUGAGGUUGCCUAUCAAGAAGCUGUUGCUUUGAAGAGGCAAGAGGAGCUUAUUCGCGAAGAGGAAGAAGCCUGGCUACUUGAAAAUGAGAUGAAGGGGAAGCGUGGCAGUACCACUGAAAAGGAUAAACGUGCAAAGAAAAAACAGGCAAAGCAGAAGAAGAACAAUCGUAAGGUUAAAGACAAAGAUAGAGAAGAAAAAUGUGAUUCAAAUUUUCCAGAAAGAAGUCAAGAUGAAAACACAAUUCAUGACAGGGAAGACUCUAAACAGGCAGGACAAAUAUCCAUGAAAGUAGAUACCUCUGAAGAAGGUGCCUCAGAUGUUUCAGACAAUUUAGAUGGGUCAAUUGAGAUUCAGAAGAAACAUUCUACUAUGGAGAAUAAGUCAUUGUCAUGUUCAUCUGAGUCUGCUACUAUGAACAAUGCGCAAGGCAAAAUAAAUAACUUGUUAGAAAGUAAAGAUCAGAUAUCACGCAACAGAGGGAAAGCUCGCAGCAGGAGCACAAGCAAUAUGAACAUUACCGAGGAUGUGGAUGAUCUUCCAUCAAGCACGACUAGCUCAGACAGGAAUACAUCUGGCUGUGGCCCAGCUCCAAAGCUUGAUCAAGAGACUGUUCUACUUACCUUGAAAGAUAGGCUUCGGAAACUUGGGCAACGUUUACAUGAGAAGGAAAUUGAGGGCAGGAAACUACUCCAGGCUCAUUUGGAAAAGAAGGCAGCAGCUGAGUCAGCAACUGGUUCAUCCUCAUCACUCUCAUCCAAUUCUUUAGAAGAGACUCCAGAGGUUCUGAAGAGCCCAGAUCAAUCUUCAGUAACUAUCUCUGAUGCUGAUAUUAAUGCAUCACCUUCAAAGUUUGGUGCCAGUAAAGAAGUCACUCCAGUAACACCAACCACCAUCCUAAGCACUGAGCCUGUGCCUACUGUUGCUUCCACCCUGAGUAAAGAUGAGCCAGUUUUGUGUGAAGAUCAUGUAUCAUGUUCAACUCCACAAAUUGAUACUCCAAUCACCUCAAAUCCACCGCAAGUUGUUAAAACUGUUACCCUUCCUUCAGGCAUGCUGCUUGUUGGUCACGCUAUUCAAGCACCGUCUAGAUCACCGGCACCACAGGUUGAUAGGGUCUCUAAAGCUAUUGCUGCUCCCACCAAAUCACCUGCUCCACAGGUUGAUAAGGUCUCUAUAGCUGUUCCGACUCCCUCAAAAUCACCUGCUACACAGGGUGAGAAAGUCGCUAAAGCUAUUCUGGUGCCCCCAAAAUCACUUGCUCCACAAGUUGGAAAGGUUGCUAAAACCAUCCCGACACCAAAACAACCUGCACCUCUGGUUGACAAGGUUACGUCACUUGACCCUGUAUCAAAGCAAAUGUCUUCCAUGUCUAAUUCAGAAGCCCGAGAAGCUAUUCUUCCCAAAAAGGCUGCAGUCCUGUCUGUUUCCCAAACUCCUGCAAUAUCGAGGCCUUCAAGUGCUCCUCUGUUCCAGGUACCAAGAUCAACUUUACCACCUACGCCAGCAGUUCAAGUUCCCCCAAUGCUUUCCCGCUCAAUGACCCUGGCUGGACGAUCGAGGAAUGAACCAUCCCCUUCUGUUCCAAGUUAUACAGCACAGACCUACCGAAAUGCCAUCAUUGGUAAGAGUAAUCUUGAUACAGCAUCAGCAAGUCUUGAUCAUUCAACUUCUUUUGGCCAAAACGUCGCACUUUCACAGCCACUAUCAUCGUAUGCAUCAGCAGCAUCUGCCAUGGUACCUCCGGUCGGAAGGAAUGGCCAAUUACCAGGUAAACAGGGCUUCAUGUUUGGGCAAGGAAAGUCCGAAGCAAUUGAUAACUGGAACCCAUGGAAAGGUGAUAGUAAUGCUAACAAAUACAUGUGGAAAGAUGAUUCUCCUUACCAUCAAAUGACCAAGGGUGAUGCACAUACUCAAUCUUGGAGGGACAAUUCUUAUCAGCAAGCAGGAUGCAGUGGAACAGGGGAACAAGGCGAAUUUGGGGGGCUUCAAUAUAGGCAGUUCCAGAGGGAGAUUCCAACAAACCUUGUCUCAUACCAAUUGCCAGGGCCAGUUGGAGAAGAAUUUCCACACCUUGAUAUCAUCAAUGACUUGCUUGAGGAGGAACAAAGCAGUGGGAGUAUGGCAGAGCCUACCCUCCACGGAUAUCAUACAUUGGGCUUGCCGUAUUCUUCCAGAGGAAACUUAGUAGACUCUGAAGUGACUUCCAUAAGUAGUUCUGGCCGGUUAAACUUGGCCGAUCAUUACUAUGACGAGGGCUACCCGAUGGCUUAUGACAGGCUGAAUGCUCUUUAUAGGUUAAGAGAAGGGCAAAAUUCCACAUUGGAUGCUUAUUCCAAUGGAAGGAUGGACUCGAUUACUUCAAAACCUUGGCUACAUAACUUCUCAAAUCCAGCAGUGAACCUUGGAGUUAACCCAAAUGGAUUUUCACAGCAAAUGGGGAACUACACCAAUUUAGGGAGUGGGAGGGUGAAUGGAGAACAUCUGUAUCGCCAUGCCAACGGGCAAUGGUGAUGCCUGUACACAAUUGAUAAUAAAUCCUGCUAUAAGUUGUCACAGACCAUGGUGGCAGAUGUAAGCGUCGCCAUGGCCACCAGGUUGUAACUUUUAAUUUUAAAGGGGCAAAGAAAUAAUACAUUGUGUAAAGCAUUCCAGUGUCCGUUAAAUUUUCUGUCGGCUGCUUUCAUAGUUUUAUGGUUCUUCUUUAUUUCUUUUUUGGUUGGAGUAUAAAACGGAAUUUUAACAAGUCAGUCCAGAAGAGUUCUAUGACUACUUCAUCGGGUUGGAAAGUUCCAGAUUUUGCA